AUGGGAUCUAGUCGAGAACAACAACUCGUUGAUAAAAUUCGGCAACUAUUGCCUGAUUCGAAAAAGAAAUAUAUAUGGACUGAUAUUGAAAAAACCGACAAAUUACAAGAUUUAGCAUUUGAACUUACCAGUGCUUAUUUUGGUGAUUUUUUUGCUACUCAACAACAGGCACUGAUCGAUCGCCUUCAAGCAGCUGCUUGUUUUUUAAAUUUUUUACAUACGAUUGCUGAUUGUGAAAAUGAUGAAGCUGAAGCAGAUGAAGGUCAUUAUGGUCUUUGGCUACUUACAGUGUCAAAUCAAGAAGAACGACUGAUGCAUUUGAAUCAAUUGGCAGAUUGCUUACUUUUAUUCAAACGAACAAUGGGUUCAAUUGAAGCUCUUCAAAAAGAAGAUGCAUCAUUACGAAUGGAAGCCAAAAAGAUUAGUAGUGAAAUCAAUUUUUAUCACGAAGAAAUUGCAUCAAAUAAAGAACAAAUUGAAUUAUAUAAAACUGAAAUUAAAAAACAAACAGGAGUUAAAGUAGAUACAACAAAACAAAUUGAAAAACUCAAUGGUGAAAUUAAUCGUACACAAAACAAUUAUGGUCUUUUGGAAAAAACUGAUAAUGAACUUGAUAGUACACUAGAAGCACUGAAAGGUCGAGAAAAAUUAUUAGAAAGUCAAUUAAUGGUUUCAUCACUUAAUGAUAUUCUUUGUGAAAAUGGAAAUUAUCUAAAAGAAAAUGCUAAAUUGCAAAGUGAAAUUCAUCUUAUGAAACAUGCUCGUCAAUUACAAGAUGAUAAGCAACACAAUGUACUUGAGCCAGCUAUUGCUAGUGUUAAAUCUAUGUGUGAACAACUUGAUGGACUUACACCACGUGCUAUUACUAUUCAAAAUCUUUCAAAUAAUAUUGAUCGUCUAACGCGAGAUAUUGACAGUACAAGAGAAACAACUGACAAAUUACGUGUACUUAAUCCAAUUGGUACAGAAGAUGAUUCAUCAUUUACAUCCAUGCUUACGAAUGCUCAAGUUGAAUUAGCUCAACAAAAGGAAAAUUUGGAUAAACGUAAUGCUGAAUUUGAACGUGCAACUGUUGCCUAUGAAUUAAUCAAGAGAUCAGUUGAUGAUCCAAAUUUAUAUAAAGAUGUAUAUACAAUGGAAAAACGUGUAGAAACUGCUAGACAACAACAUGAUCAAACAAAAAAUAAGAUGAUUCAAGUUAUGACUGAUGCGCUAAAUGUUCUUUAA